GUUCUCCCACAGACAGAAACAUGGCAUUUAAUGGCACCUGGAAAGUAGAAAGAAAUGAAAACUACGAAAAGUUCAUGGAGGCCAUGGGUGUUAACAUGGUGAAAAGAAAGUUAGGAGCCCAUGACAACCUGAAGAUCACUAUUCAACAAGAUGGAAACAAGUUUACUGUCAAAGAAUCAAGCAACUUCCGUAACAUAGAUAUUGAAUUCACUCUGGGAGUCAGUUUUGAGUACAGCCUGGCAGAUGGGACUGAGCUUACUGGUUCUUGGAAUAUGGAAGGAAAUAAACUUGUGGGAAAAUUUACUAGAAAAGAUAAUGGAAAAGUACUCACAACAUACAGAGAAAUUGUAGGUGAAGAACUUGUUCAGACCUACAUAUAUGAAGGAGUUGAAUCCAAGAGAAUCUUCAAAAGGGGCUAA